AUGAAUCGUCGUAUCGUCAUAUUUUCCGGUGGAAGUGCCGCCAACAGUCUUGUGGACGUGUUUGGAAAAGUUGCUGAGGACAAGGCUUGUUCUUUGAGUUAUAUCAUUCCAAUUAGUGACAAUGGAGGCUCUUCUUCUGAACUGAUUCGUGUCUUUGGUGGUCCUGGUAUUGGUGAUGUGAGAAGUAGACUAGUUCGACUCAUUCCCGAAGAUGCCACCGGAGCCAACGCCGAGAAAUCCGCUCUAAAAAUCUUCUUCAAUCAUCGCCUUGACCCAUCACCUCAAGAAGCGAAACAUGAAUGGCUUGCCAUAGUUGAAGGACAUUCUCCUCUAUGGAGUGGAAUUACCUCUCCCAAGCGGGAAUUAAUUCGUUCCUUCUUGAACACCAUAAAUCUUGAGAUCGUCAAGCGAGCUCGUCCCACCUCUGUCUUCAAUUUCCAGUCGGCUUCUGUAGGUAAUCUGUUCUUAACAGGUGCUCGGAUCUAUACUGGAAGUUUUGAGGCGGCGAUCUACCUCUUGGGGAGUAUUACAGGCGUAAAAGGCAAUGUCGAAGUGAUUCCCGCAAUAAACAGUAAUUUUUCGUAUCAUAUAUCUGCAGGAUUACAAGAUGGUACGAUCAUUGUCGGACAAAACAAUAUAUCCCACCCCAUCGCCCCAACCUUCGUCCCUACCCAACCCGUCAGCCCAGCCACCUGGAACAAGCGAUUAUCCGCCGACCUCCUCGAACACGACCGAAUCGAAGACGCCAAUCUCCCGGGCUCCCUCCCCACCCUCCGCAAACAAAACAUCGAUUUCCAAAAAUCACACACGGAAGAACUAUCCAGUCCCAUCGACCGAAUCUGGUACAUCAAUCCCUACGGCCAGGAAAUACGCCCCACUCCCAAUACCAAAAUCUUAGAAGCAUUGAACGAUGCAAGUUGUGUUAUAUAUAGUAUCGGAUCACUGUACACUUCUAUUCUUCCCUGUCUGAUUCUGAGGGAUGUGGGUCAAGCGAUCGCGGAUCCGAGGAUUAAAUUCAAGGUUCUCAUCUUGAAUGGUUGUUUGGAUCGCGAAACUCCGGCGUAUACGGCAAAGGAUUUCAUUCGGGCGAUUGUGCGCGGGUGUUGUGGGAAUGAAAAUGGAAAUGAACACGAAGUGCCAGAAAAAGAAUGGAAAAAAUACAUCACCCACGUGGUAUAUCUCGACGGACCAGGAACCCCUUCAGUAGACCGCAUCGAAAUGAAGAGAUGGGGUAUAGAAGCCGUAAGAGUAUAUGGAAGGAGAGCAGAACCCGAAAGAGUAACCCUGAAGAAUCCGAUCAUAGAUGCAGUUAGGAGCGUGGAUGAGGUGGUGAAUGGUAAUGUGAUUCGCGAGGACAUUAUGGGGGUCAUGGGUGGAGAUGGGAGUGCGGGGAUGAGAUAUGAUGGCGCGGGGCUGGGUCAGGCUUUGGAGGCUAUACUGGGGGGUAAGGGCGAUAAGGCGAGGAGAUAUACUUAUCUUGGUUGA